UGGUAUUCAUAGAUCUAUUGACACAAUGGAUAAAUAUGAUUUCAAUAAGUUGAGUGAAUAUGCUUAUGAUCUUAAGGUUUGGUUAACUGGUACACUUUCUCAUCAACAAACAUGUUUGGAUGGUUUUGAGAAUACAACAACUAAAGCUGGUGAAAUUAUGGCUAAGGCUUUGAACACUUCUUUGGAAUUAAGUAGUAAUUCUUUGGACAUUAUUAAUGCUGUUUCUAGCUUACUUAAGGAUGUUGGUGACAAUAAUGUUAAUGUAAAUCUUAAUAGGAGGCUUUUGUCUAAUGAUGGUUUUCCUUCUUGGGUUAGUGAAGGGCAAAGACAUCUUUUGAUGGAAGGAAAUUUUAAGCCAAAUGUUGUUGUGGCUCAAGAUGGUAGUGGACAAUUUAAGACAUUAAGUGAAGCUCUUUUGACAGUUCCUUCUUAUAAUGCACAACCUUUUGUGAUUUAUGUUAAGGCUGGUAUUUAUAAUGAGAAUGUUAAUGUGCUGAAGGAAAUUACUCAUGUUACUAUCAUUGGUGAUGGUCCUACAAAGACUAGAUUCACUGCUAGCCUUAACUAUGUUGAUGGUGUCCAAACUUACAACACUGCAACUUUUGGUGUAAAUGGUGCAAACUUCAUGGCAAAAGAUGUUGGAUUUGAGAACACAGCAGGAGCAGAGAAACAUCAAGCAGUAGCACUACGAGUAACAGCAGAUCAAGCAGUAUUCUACAACUUUCAAAUGGAUGGUUUCCAAGACACUCUCUAGACACAAUCCCAACGUCAAUUCUACCGUGAUUGCAGC